AUGCCCUCAGUCCUUCACUUCUAUGUCCGUCCCUCUGGCCAUGAGAGGGCAGCCUCUGGACACACUCGGAGGAAGCUGCAAGGGAAAUUGCCAGAGCUGCAGGCUGUCAAGACCGAGCUGUGCUACAACGUGAACUGGACAGCGGACUCCCUCCCAAGCACCGAGGAGAUGAAGAAGCUCACGUGGCUCUUUGGCUGCCCCUUGUUACCGGGUGAUGUUGCCCAGGAGUCCUGGCUCCGUUCUGACUCCAGCGACCUACUGCUGGAGGUUGGGCCCAGGCUGAACUUCUCCACCCCAGCCUCUACCAACGUCGUGUCCGUGUGCUGGGCUGCGGGGCUGGGGGCCGUGGAUCGCGUGGAGACUACCCGGCGCUACCUGCUCUCGUUUGCCAAGCCCCCUUCCUCUGAGACGAAGACCCUGGCUCUGGCUACCCUGCAUGACCGGAUGACGGAGCAGCACUUCCCGCAGCCCAUCCAGAGCUUCUCCCUUCGGAGCGUGUCAGCACCUCUCAACGGCCGGAUCGACAUCCUGGCAGAGGGCCGGCGUGCCCUGGAAAAAGCCAACCGGGAGCUAGGCCUGGCCCUAGACUCCUGGGACCUGGAUUUCUACACCAAACGCUUCCAGGAGCUAAAGCGGAACCCCAGCACCGUGGAGGCCUUCGACCUGGCUCAGUCCAAUAGCGAGCACAGCCGACACUGGUUCUUCAAGGGCCAGCUCCACAUGGAUGGGCAGGAGAUGACGCACUCCCUGUUUGAGGCCAUCAUGAGCACUCAGGCGUCCUCGAACCCCAACAACGUCCUCAAGUUCUGUGACAACAGCAGCGCAAUCCAAGGGAAGGAGGUCCGAUUCCUACAGCCCGAGGACCCCACGCGACCAAGCUGCUUCCGGCAGCAGCGGGCGCUGAGACAUGUCGUCUUCACGGCGGAGACCCACAACUUCCCCACAGGAGUAGCCCCCUUCAGUGGGGCGACCACAGGCACCGGGGGCCGGAUCCGAGAUGUCCAGUGCACGGGCCGUGGCGCCCACGUGGUGGCUGGGACUGCUGGCUACUGCUUUGGAAACCUGCACAUCCCAGGUUACAAUUUGCCCUGGGAGGACCCAAGCUUCCAGUAUCCUGAGAACUUUGCCCGACCCCUGGAGGUCGCCAUUGAGGCCAGUAAUGGGGCUUCUGAUUACGGCAACAAGUUCGGGGAGCCAGUGCUGGCCGGCUUCGCCCGCUCUUUGGGCCUCCAGCUCCCGGACGGCCAGCGGCGUGAGUGGAUCAAACCCAUCAUGUUUAGUGGGGGCAUUGGGUCCAUGGAGGCUGAGCAUGUGAGCAAGGAGCCCCCAGAGCCAGGCAUGGACGUUGUAAAGGUCGGGGGUCCCGCCUACAGGAUCGGAGUCGGGGGUGGAGCCGCCUCGUCUGUGCAGGUGCAGGGAGACAAUUCCAGUGACCUGGACUUUGGGGCUGUGCAGCGGGGAGACCCGGAGAUGGAACAGAAGAUGAACCGUGUGAUCCGGGCUUGCGUGGAGGCCGCCAGGGGGAACCCCAUCUGCAGCCUCCACGACCAGGGUGCCGGUGGCAAUGGCAACGUCCUGAAGGAGCUGAGUGACCCGGCUGGAGCUGUCAUUUACACCAGCCGCUUCCAGCUCGGGGACCCGACCCUGAACGCCCUGGAAAUCUGGGGGGCCGAGUACCAGGAGUCGAAUGCUCUUCUGCUGAGGCCCAUGGACCGAGACUUCCUCAGUCGUGUCAGCGCCCGGGAGCGCUGCCCAGCUUGCUUUGUGGGCACCAUUACGGGAGACAGGAGGGUGAGUUGGCCGCAUGGGUGGGCGCGGAGCCGCGGGGGGUGGGCUGGAGCNNNCUCGCCCCCGACCCCUGUGGACCUGGAGCUGGAUUGGGUGCUGGGCAAGAUGCCUCGGAAGGAGUUCUUCCUGCAGCGGAGUCUCCCCGUGCUGCGUCCUCUGGCCUUGCCUCCGGGGCUGAGUGUGCGCCAGGCUCUGGAGCGCGUCCUGAGGCUGCCUGCUGUGGCCAGCAAGCGAUACCUCACCAACAAGGUGGACCGCUCCGUGGGCGGCCUGGUGGCGCAGCAGCAGUGCGUUGGGCCCCUGCAGACCCCUCUGGCCGACGUGGCGGUUGUGGCAUUGAGUCACCAGGAGCUCGUAGGGGCUGCCACGGCUCUAGGAGAGCAGCCGGUCAAAAGCCUGCUGGACCCCAAGGUUGCCGCCCGACUGGCUGUGGCCGAAGCCCUCACCAACCUGGUGUUUGCUCUGGUCACCGACCUCCGGGACGUGAAGUGCAGCGGGAACUGGAUGUGGGCGGCCAAGCUCCCGGGGGAGGGCGCGGCUCUGGCCGACGCCUGCGCGGCGAUGGUGGCGGUGAUGGCAGCCUUGGGUGUGGCGGUGGACGGUGGCAAGGACUCCCUCAGCAUGGCCGCCCGGGUCGGCUCUGAGACCGUGCGGGCCCCCGGGUCGCUGGUCAUCUCGGCCUAUGCUGUCUGUCCAGACAUCACAGCCACCGUGACGCCGGACCUCAAGCGUCCUGGGGGCAGAGGCCGGCUGCUGUUCGUGCCUCUGAGCCCCGGGCAGCACCGGCUGGGGGGCACAGCCCUGGCCCAGUGCUUCUCGCAGCUGGGCGAGCAGCCCCCGAACCUGGACCUUCCCGAGAACCUGGUGCGUGCCUUCCGCAUCACACAGGGGCUGCUUCGAGACCGUCUUCUCUGCUCAGGCCACGAUGUCAGUGACGGGGGUCUCGUCACCUGCCUGCUAGAGAUGGCCUUUGCUGGGAAUUGUGGGAUAGAGGUGGACGUGCCUGCCCCUGGGGUCGAUGCACUGCCUGCAUUGUUCGCCGAGGAGCCGGGCCUGGUGCUGGAGGUGCGGGGGCCCGACCUGGCCCAGGUGCUGAAGCGCUACCGGGACGCCGGCCUGCACUGCCUGGAGCUGGGCGCCACGGGCGGCGCUGGGCCCCACGCCCUGGUGCGAGUGUCCGUGAACGGGGCUGUGGUUCUGGAACAGUCUGUGAGGCAGCUGCGAGCCCUCUGGGAGGAGACGAGUUUCCAGCUGGACCGGCUGCAGGCCGAGCCGCAAUGUGUGGCGGAGGAAGAACAGGGGCUCAGGGAGCGGACGGGGCCCACUUACUGCCUGCCCCCAGGCUUCCCCAAAGCUUCCGUGCCCCGAGAGCCUGGUGGUCCCAUUCCCCGGGUUGCCAUCUUGCGAGAGGAGGGCAGUAACGGAGACCGCGAGAUGGCAGACGGCUUCCACUUGGCCGGGUUCGAGGUGUGGGAUGUGACCAUGCAGGACCUCUGCUCUGGGGCGAUCGGGCUGGACACGUUCCGCGGCGUGGCCUUCGUGGGCGGCUUCAGCUACGCGGAUGUCCUGGGCUCUGCCAAAGUGAACCCCAACGGGUCCCCAGGGGGCGUGGCUGGCGUCUGCUCCUUCGAUGGCCGCCACCUGGCCCUCAUGCCUCACCCCGAGCGGGCUGUGCGGCUUUGGCAGUGGGCGUGGCAGCCUCCUCCCUUUGACACUCUGACUACCUCCCCCUGGCUCCAGCUCUUCAUCAACGCCCGAAACUGGACCCGGGAGGGGGGCUGCUGA